AUGGAUUCAGCAAAGGGCUGGUUUCAGAAGCGGCAGAUGCGUGGAGGAUCGAAAUAUAAAGGUGGUUCAGGUGGUGAUGGUAGUAAUGUCUCUACCGAUGAACAACCUAAGGUGGAAACUGAUGAAGAAGCUGUCUCAAACACUACCAAACAGAAAGUUGCAGCAGCUAAACAAUACAUUGAGAAUCAUUACAAAGAACAGAUGAAGAUUCUGCAAGAGAGGAAAGAAAGGAGAAGCAUGCUAGAGCAGAAGCUGGAAGAUGCUGAUGUGUCUGAAGAAGAUCAAAACAAUCUUCUCAAGUUUCUGGAGAAGAAGGAGACAGAGUACAUGCGCCUUCAACGCCAUAAGCUAGGCGUUGCUGAUUUUGAUUUGCUUACCAUGAUUGGGAAAGGUGCUUUUGGGGAGGUUAGAGUUUGUAGAGAAAAGACGACUGGUCAAGUUUAUGCAAUGAAAAAGCUCAAGAAAGACGAGAUGCUUCGCAGAGGCCAGGUUGAGCAUGUGAGAGCAGAGAGGAACUUACUUGCGGAAGUGGACAGUAACUACAUUGUUAAGCUUUACUGUUCGUUUCAAGAUGAUGAUCACCUUUACCUUGUGAUGGAGUAUCUACCUGGUGGUGAUAUGAUGACUCUACUAAUGCGCAAAGAUACUCUGACUGAAGAAGAGGCCAAGUUCUAUGUCGCUGAGACACUUCUUGCUAUCGAGUCCAUCCACAGGCACAAUUACAUCCACAGGGAUAUCAAGCCGGACAACUUACUGCUUGACAGAUAUGGGCAUCUGAGACUGUCGGAUUUCGGGCUGUGUAAACCUUUGGACUGCAGUGCCAUUGGAGAAAACGAGUUUUCAAAUGGAUCCACUACGGAGCAAGAGGCCGGCGGGUCAGCUGCUCCAAAAAGAACACAGCAGGAACAGCUUGAACAUUGGCAGAAGAACAGGAGAAAGCUAGCUUAUUCGACUGUUGGAACACCAGAUUACAUAGCUCCAGAAGUUCUGUUGAAGAAAGGCUAUGGAAUGGAAUGUGACUGGUGGUCUCUUGGAGCUAUCAUGUACGAAAUGCUAGUAGGAUAUCCUCCUUUUUAUGCAGAUGAUCCUAUGUCAACCUGUAGAAAGAUAGUAAACUGGAAAAGUCAUCUGAAGUUUCCAGAGGAAGCAAUAUUGUCGCGGGAAGCAAGAGAUCUUAUCAACAACCUUUUGUGCAGUGUCAGACGUAGGCUUGGUUCCAAAGGUGCUCAUGAAAUAAAGGCUCAUCCAUGGUUUGAAACUGUUGACUGGGAUACAAUAUUCGAUAUGGAUGCUGCGUUUGUUCCAGAGGUCAAUGACGAUUUAGACACUCAGAAUUUUGAGAAGUUUGACGAGUCAGAAUCACAAACUCAAACAUCUUCCAAGUCUGGCCCAUGGAGGAAGGCAAAGCUACUCCCUGAAAAGAUUCAACAUUGCCUUCUUAUUACAUUCAUUUAUGUGUACUCAAUUCCGCUUUUAUUUCUGCAGAUGCUGUCGUCAAAGGAUAUAAACUUUGUAGGGUACACUUACAAGAACUUCGAGAUCGUUAAUGAUUACCAAGUUCCUGGAAUGGCGGAGUUAAAGAAGAAGAAUAAGUCGAAGAGACCACCAAUGGUCAAAUCACUCUUCGAUGGUGGAUCUGCAGAGACAUCGGAUUCGUCAGAAACAAAGACGAGAUCGGAUUGUGAUCGACCUCCUCCUACUCCACCAGUGGUUCAGGGAAGCUUUCUGAAACUUCUACCACCAGAACUUGAAACUAGUGGUCAAGGUUUAAUGAUUUCUACAUUCAUGUAUAAGGUUCAAAUCUCAUGCUACGCAGUUUCUACACCAAGAGAUAUGGGUUUCAACUCCCGGACAAUGAAAAUUAUGCAGAAAAUUGGAGAAAAAGACUUACAAGAGAUCUUCAGCAUGACACAAAGAGUACCGUCAGGAAUAAAUCUCAUAGGGCGGCUCAAGAUGAUGCAGUCAGAUGUGAAUCAUCAUAAAACAUGUAGAAUUGUCGACUAUAAUAUCAUAUUUGUAAUGUUACUCGUAGUUUGUAAUAACAUAAUUAACUAUACAGAAAGGGAAAUCAAGACAUUCCAAACCAUUCUAUUUUUCUCUUUAAUACUGCGUUGUUUCCUUAAUUUUAGGAUUUCAUUAUUAAUUAAUUUCGACCAAACAAUUAAUUUAGGAUAUUCAAGAGGAUUGGAUUGGAUGUUUUGUUGUCCAUUUAUGUGGAAAUCCGGAGGAGAAGAUUUGCAAGGUUUCUAUCCUGUUCGUCCUGAAUGUCAAUCUGAUGUUCCCAGGACCCGCUUCAAAUCAAGGGCUGGAAAGACUCUGAGUGCUAGAAGAUGGCACGCUGCCUUUACUGAAGAUGGCCAUUUGGAUAUGGAAAAAGUUCUCAGACGUAUUCAGCGUGGAGGUAUUCAUCCCUCAAUCAAAGGCGCUGUUUGGGAGUUUUUGUCCGGAUGCUACGAUCCUGACAGCACUUUUGAUGAAAGGACCAAGCUCAGGAAUCUAAGAAGGGAGCAGUACGGUGCAUGGAAAGAAGAAUGUAAGAAUAUGGUUCCUGUCGUUGGUAGCGGCAAGUACAUCACAAUGGCUGUGGUUUCAGAAAAUGGGCAACCAAUAGACGACUCCUCUGUUGAAAACCAAGGAUGGGUCGUCAAAACCGCUGUUACUGACGACAGGGUGCUCCAAUGGAUGCUCUCUUUGCAUCAGAUCGGCCUUGACGUCGCUAGAACAGAUCGGUAUCUUUCCUUUUAUGAGAAUGAUAUCAAUCAAUCAAAACUGUGGGAUGUUCUUGCCAUAUAUACUUGGUUGAAUCUUGAUAUCGGUUAUGUUCAGGGAAUGAAUGACAUAUGUUCCCCAAUGAUCAUCCUCUUUGAGGAUGAAGCCGAUGCUUUCUGGUGCUUUGAGCGUGUUAUGAGAAGACUGAGAGAGAAUUUCAGGGCAACAGCAACAUCAAUGGGUGUCCAGACCCAGCUGGGUGUGCUCUCACAGGUCAUUAAAACGGUUGAUCCUCGGCUCCAUCAACAUCUAGAGGAUCUGGAUGGUGGGGAGUAUCUGUUUGCUAUAAGGAUGUUGAUGGUACUUUUCAGGAGAGAAUUCUCCUUCCUAGACGCUUUGUACCUUUGGGAGCUGAUGUGGGCUAUGGAGUAUAAUCCAAACAUGUUUGCAACAUACGAGGAACUAGAAAGCCGAAACAACAACGCAGCAGACGAUCCCAAGUUAUUAAAACGUUACGGCAAGUUUGAGAGGAAAUACGUGAACAGCGGAACGAACGAGCGACAUAGCAAUACGAUUGCUGUUUUCGUGGUUGCUAGCGUUCUGCAGACAAAGAACAAACGUCUCUUGAAGGAAGCUAAGGGCCUAGACGACGUUGUUCAGAUACUAGGAGACAUCGCGGGUAAUCUUGACGCCAAAAAAGCCUGUAAAGAAGCGUUGAAGAUCCAUGAGAAGUUCCUCAAAAAGGCUAAUAGCGGUAAUAGGCAAUGA